UGUACUAAUACCUUACCCGAUCCAUCUAGAAAUCUUGGUUCAAACCCUACGUUACCGGGUAAAAGAUGCCUCUUCUUUGCAUUUUUUCGGUUCUGUCUAUACGAGUAUUGUAAUUGGAAGAAUUUUGAUAUUAAAAAAACAUCAAUUUUGAAUCCAAGAUUUUUCUUGUUCUUAUAUAAUUCUCAUCGGUCUUCUCAUUUACGAUCGACAUCUUAUAAAGUCCUUUUUGAGCGAAUUUUAUUCUAUGUAAAAAUACAACAUUUUUUUAAAGUCUUUGUUAAUAAUUUUCCGGCGAUCCUAGGGCUGCUCAAGGAUCCUUUCCUACAUUAUGUUCGAUAUCACGGAAAAUGCAUUCUGGCAACAAAAGAUACGCCGCUUCUGAUGAAUAAA